CUGUCGGCUUCCCUGUCCCACCCCUGCCUGAGCCUGCCCGCCCUGCCCCCUCCUCCCAGAGAGGGACACACAGGGCCAGACGCCCUCACCCACGGGUGCCGAGCUCACCGAGACUGAGGCAGGACGAGGCCGCGCCCAUGGGGUCUCAGCAUUCGCCGCUCGCCGCCCGGUACCUGCUGGGGCUGCUGGUCACUUCCUGCCUCGGAGGCCUCCGAGGGCUCAACUUGGAGGAGUCAGGGUUCAGUGUGAGACUCAGUGGUUCCGGCUCGUGGUGCCAGGGCCGGCUGGAGGUCAACGCCAAGGACACGUGGUACAUAGUGCACAGCCAGAGCUGGGGCCUGAGUCCGUUCCGCCAGGACUCCGCCGGGGCCUCGAAGCUCUGCCGGCAGCUGCAAUGCGGGGAGCCCUUGUUCCUUGCCCACUCCCAUCCCCUCACAGGGAAGCUAUUCCUGAAACAGAUCACUUGCCAUGGACAAGUGGGGUCCUUCUCCAAUUGUAGCUUGAGCUCCAGCAGGACAAACCGGGCAGAACCUCUGGCCCUGAUCUGCUUAGAGCCACGGAAGACGACGCCUCCUCCCACAAGCCCCCCGCCCACAACCACGCCGGAGCCAACAGCUCCUCCCAGGCUGCAGCUGGUGGCAGGUCCCGGGGGCCUGCGCUGUGCCGGUGUGGUGGAGUUCUACAGAGGCAGCCUGGGUGGCACCAUCAGCAUCGAGUCCCAGGAUGGGACCCAGGACCUGGGGAACCACAUCUGUGCAGCCCUCCAGUGUGGCUCUUUCCUGAAGCAUCUGCCGGAGACCGAGGCCACCAGGGCACUAGAGGCUGGAGAGAGAAGACCCUUGCCAAUCCGAUGGAAAAUCCAGAACACAAGCUGUGCCUCCCUAGAACAGUGCCUCCGGAAAGUCCAGCCCCAGGCAGGCGGCCAAGCUCUUGGCCUCAUCUGUACUGAUUUCCAGCCCAAGGUGCAGAGUCGCCUGGUUGGGGGCAGCAGCUCAUGUGAAGGCACUGUGGAGGUGCGCCACGGCAAGCAGUGGGAUCCCCUGUGCGACAGCUCCUCGGCCAAGGGCUCGGCAGCGCGGUGGGAGGAGGUGUGCCAGGAGCAGCAGUGCGGCAACGUCAGCUCCUACCAGGUGCUGGAUGCCACCGAGAAGACCUCCCAGGGGCUCUUCUGUCCCCCAGGGAAGCUGUCCCAGUGCUACCAGCUUCUAGAGAGAAAAUCCCACUGCAAGAGGGUGUUUGUCACAUGCCAGAGCUCGAGCCCAGCAGGCCUGGGCGCCGGCACCGUGAUGAGCAUCAUCCUGGCCCUUGUGCUGCUGGCAGUGCUGCUGGUCGUGUGUGGCCCUCUCGCCUACAAGAAGCUGGUGAAGAAAUUCCGCCAGAAGAAGCAGCGUCAGUGGAUUGGCCCAACGGGAAUGAAUCAGAACAUGUCUUUCCAUCGCAACCACACGGUGACCGUCCGGUCCCAGGUGGAGAACCCCUCGGCCUCCCACGUGGAGAAUGAAUAUAGUCAGCCUCCGAGGAACUCCCAAAUCUCAGCCUAUCCAGCUCUGGAAGGGGCCCUGCAUCGGAUCUCCACCCAGCCUGAUAACUCCUCCGACAGUGACUAUGAUCUGCAUGGGGCUCAGAGGCUGUAAAAGAACCAGGAAUCUGGAACAAACGUCGAGAGCCAGGACUUUUGUCCUGAGAACUCCCUGCAGUCACUGCUUGGAAACGAUGUCCCGGUUCCUGCCCGGUUCCUGCCCAGCAGGGACAUGGACAUGACUCUCCAACACGUCCUGCAGAGGCAGGCCAGCUCUGACAUCUCCCCACUGAGCCCCACCCAGGUGAAGACCCCCAACACAGCUCAGCUGGCCCCUCCAAGUGUGGAAGCUGUGAAAGGGCGGAGCCCUGAAACAAGCAACCCUCCCCAGCAGAGACACUCGGGGUCCGGACCUGGGCAGCCCCCCACCCUCGUCCACGGGAUGCUGUGCAGGAUCGGUUCUCUUCUCAGACUUUGACCCCAUGGGGCCCACAAGGAAGUCACACCUGGGGGAUGGGGGCGGGCUGAUUUCUCUCAUGUAUUUUUAAUAUGUUCUUUGUAAAUAAUGUUUUUUCUGCUUCCUGAGAA